AAUACAUAAAAAGAAUUUUGGAGAUCUUGUGUCAGCAUUUGGAACUGCCUAAUGAGCCUGAGUAAAAAGUCAGAAGAUGAAUAAUCUUUCAUUUAGUGAGCUAUGUUGCCUCUUCUGCUGUCCACCUUGCCCUGGGAAAAUUGCUUCAAAAUUAGCAUUUUUGCCACCUGAUCCUACUUACACAUUGAUGUGUGAUGAAAGUGGAAGCCGCUGGACUUUACAUCUGUCAGAACGAGCAGACUGGCAAUAUUCUUCUAGAGAAAAAGAUGCUAUUGAGUGUUUCAUGACUAGAACCAGUAAAGGCAACAGAAUUGCCUGCAUGUUUGUGCGUUGUUCACCCAAUGCCAAAUAUACUUUACUCUUCUCACAUGGAAAUGCUGUUGAUCUUGGUCAGAUGAGCAGCUUUUACAUAGGACUGGGAUCACGGAUUAAUUGUAAUAUAUUCUCAUAUGAUUAUUCUGGAUAUGGUGCAAGUUCCGGGAAACCAACAGAGAAGAACCUCUAUGCAGAUAUCGAAGCUGCUUGGCUUGCCCUUAGGACAAGAUAUGGCAUUCGCCCUGAAAAUGUGAUUAUAUAUGGCCAAAGUAUAGGGACAGUACCAUCUGUGGAUCUUGCUGCUCGGUAUGAGAGUGCUGCUGUUAUUCUUCAUUCUCCUUUGACUUCGGGAAUGCGUGUUGCUUUUCCUGAUACCAAGAAGACCUACUGUUUUGAUGCAUUCCCAAACAUUGACAAAAUCUCUAAGAUAACCUCCCCAGUAUUAAUAAUUCAUGGGACUGAAGAUGAAGUCAUUGACUUUUCACAUGGCCUCGCACUGUUUGAGCGUUGCCAAAGACCUGUGGAGCCUCUCUGGGUUGAAGGGGCAGGUCACAAUGAUGUGGAACUUUAUGGACAGUACCUUGAAAGGUUGAAACAGUUUGUGUCACAGGAACUGGUAAAUUUGUAAAAUAUUCUGUAAAUUUGCACACUGGGUUUUCUUUUCUUGCUGAACUGCACUCUUUGGUAAAUAACAUAAAACCUGAAGGUUUUGUUUGCAAAUCAUGUCAGUUGCCUUCAUAAAUGUACAGGUAAUGAUUUGUUAACAGACUUAAUGAAGGUUUUUAUUACCAGAACUAGAAACUGGAAAUAACAGUAUCAUGCAGUCAGGCUGUGUAAUUUAUAUUUUUUCUGUGAAUUUUUUUUUAAACAUCAAAAUGAGUACUGUAUGAAAUUUUAAUUCUAUAAAAUCAAAUGCUGUAAAAGUAUUGCCAAAUGCUUUUGCAUAUCAAACAAAUUUAUAGAUAUUUUUAAAACAUCUCAAUGUACUAAAUCUUAUCCAGGUAUUCAAAUGUAAUAUUCUUUCAAUAAAAAGCUGUAUAUCUAAAACAAUUCAAGUACUCAUAAUAGAAUAAACUGUAUGAAAACAUGCAAGUUCACUAGAGAUGACCUAAACCCUGUUGUACAGGGAUUGAGGUUUAAACAGUUAUUUUAUUGUAAAAUACAUUGAAUUUUCUGUAUUCCCUGGUUAUCAUACAUUUUCUCCUUUUAAAAAAAAAUGAUGUUAAGUCUUAAUUUUUAUGCCAUCUAUUAAUUUACCAACUAGUUACCUUGUAAAUGAGAAGUCAUGAUAGCACUGACUUUUAACUAGUUCUGACUUAUAGGUUUGGUACUGUGAGGCAACUACUUAAAAUUCUCAUUUUUGUUAUUUAAAAAGGCAUUUAGAGCUUCAAGAAUGAUUUUGUACGCAAUGUUGUUUUAAAUUUUGACUAAUCUCAUAGAAUCACAGUACUCUUCAUUAUAAGAAAACCUGAGAGUCCGUUAGAUGUUCUUCAAGACCACAAACAGGCUGGCUAUUUGGUCGUUUUUCACCUUGGCUAUUUUUAAUAGGAUCUAUUGUUUUAGAUUACUAUCUGAGAAUUUCAUGGAUUCACUCAUGGAUACAGGAGAUAAGAGAACAUUUAAUUCAUAACUUUUAUAUUAACCAAUGUAAUAAAAAACAAAGCUCACACACAAAAACUAAGUUGCCUUUCCUUGAAUGAAUCCUGCCUGAAUAAAACAAUGAAAGUAAAAUAAAAAUAAAAUUAACGGUAUGUAGUCUAAUUUGUAAAUGAAUGAAUAUUGAAAUAAUACACACUGUGGAUAUAUUUUAAGGCCUUAUGUAGUUUUAAUUGUUCUGCUUGUUCUGUGGUUAUGUCUAAGACUAUAGUAUAUGAUUAUCUUCAAAGUAUAUCAAGUAUUGUGAAUGCUUUGGUUCAGAUGUGUCAAAUUAACAGUAAAACAACAAAUAUACCACCCA